AUGUACGAUGAGAACAGUAACGCAGCAGCAGCAGCAGCAGCAGCAAGUAGUACUUCUUCAACGGGUCUUAUGUCACAAUUGCUUAACGUUAAAGAUUCCAGAUGGUUACAGUUGGAGGUAUGUCGCGAAUUUCAAAGAGGUCAGUGUUCGAGAUCAGAUAUCGAAUGUAAAUUUGCACACCCACCUCCACAUGUUGAUGUACAGAAUGGUCGUGUUACUGCUUGUUAUGAUUCCAUUAAGGCUCGAUGUACUCGAGAAAAUCCAAAAUGCAAGUACUUACAUCCACCACAGCAUCUAAAGGAUCAAUUACUGAUAAAUGGUCGAAAUAAUUUGGCCCUCAAAAAUUUGAUUUGUACACAGUUAAAUCAGAAUGCAGCAGCAGCAGCAGCAGCUCCUACUGCUCUUUCAACAAUGAAUCCAUUAGCGCAAUUGGUCGUCAGUGGUCAAGCUAGUCCAGCGACACUUAACGAUCAGCUUCUCAUCGUUCAGCAACAACAGCAGCAAGCUGCCGCUGCAGCUGCCGCACAGGCUGCAACUUUAGUUCCAGCUGCACUUCCUUAUCAGUAUUAUCAGGGUAUUACCACCAUGUAUCCAACACUUGUGCCUCUCCCAAGCAAUGAUGCUGCUGCAGCUGCUUACCAAGCGGUUAGUAUUUAUUUAUUUUUUCUUAAAUAA